AUGUCGCAGGUGUGCUCGAGCUGGAGGAACUCUAUCCUGUUGUCACCAAAUCUCUGGGGCCAGGUCGUGAACUUCAAUCGACUCGGACACCCGGAGUGGAGGAAUGAAGUUCUCCGUCGCACAAGAGAUGCAUCACUCUUCCUGUAUGGUGAUGUUGUUGACGAUGGAGAUGGAGAAAUAUCCACUAUCUUGAUCAAUAACUGGCAAAGGAUUUGUCGUCUCGAGUUGCGGUUAGUCGGAUUUACCUACCAUGACAAAAUCCGAAACAACGAGCGACUUUGGGAAACCCUGGGAAGUUGCUCACCAUCUAUCGAAGUUUUUGCGCUCUGGUUCUUCAAUUAUGCGUCUAGAGAGAAUAAAAUGAUUGAGCUGGGACCCAGAGAUCAGAUCAUAUCACCCAGGAGCUUUCGGUUGUUUGGAGGAUAUGCACCUUGCUUGAGCCGAUAUGAUUCCCCUAAUAUCCGCUUCGACACUUCGCCUGGAAUUUUGACAAGUCGUCUUCAACACCUCAGACUGGAACAACCGUCUAAUGCUAAUGAGAUAUUGAAUACAAUAAUCUGCAUACCAACACUCGUAACGCUCUCUGUUUCCCACCUUGACUCCAGCGAGAAUUUAACCCUUCCACGCAGGACCAAAGACAGUAGAGUAUUUCAUACCAAACUCCAACGUAUCGAGCUAAUGGAACCAAUGAACCACAAUGCCUACAUCAUCCUACUCAGUUCUAUCGAACCAGCGGAAAACCAUUCCUUAAUCAUUCAUUGCUGCCAGGCUCUCGCAGCGCAGAACACAGAGGCCCAGGUCGCACAAAUCGGGGACAUUCUAUACAGGUACGCAUCACUGGCAAGCAAAUCGAUUGCGGCGGCAAUAGAAUCCACACUGUGGAUAGAGAAUCAAACUUUUCAGAUAUUUUGGAAAGGACCUGGGAGUGAAUACAACAUUCAAAUCUCCGACCCUGCUCCACAACACUCAUUUUCCCUUUCACUGCUUCGACGUUUCCCUAUACCUGGUGGUAAUUGCGUUCGAGAAGUUUAUCUUAUACUUCAAGUCGACACCAACUUCUAUUCUUCUGUUUUCGAAACAUUAGCGCCCGUAUUUAUGUCUGUCAAGAAGUUAUCAGCACCGGAAAGGUUUUUCCUGUAUAUGGCCGAUCUGUCCGAGCAGCGCUUUGUUUCCGCUUUCCCGAAACUAGAAACAAUAGUGGUGAAAUAUAGUUGGGAUGGGAAUGGGGGUGACAACGAUUCCGAGGUAUCCAGAUAUGUCUUCAGACGGAAAGAAAUGGGAAUGUUGGUCCCAACCGUCCUUCCCCUGGUUGUCAAUCUACAAUACCUGUAG